UUUGGUCGGGGUACAGUUAAAAAUAAAGUAAUUCAAUUAGAACCUUUUUCUGAAGUUAGUUUUAAUGGAAGCAUGGGUUAUCAAAAGUUGGGAAAUUUAUUAAAUGAUGAUGAAUGGGGUAGCAAAGAAGACGGAUCAGGAACUGUCGCUUAUGUUUUGAUGGAAAAUGAGAUUGAAAAAUACCAA